UCCCAGACCAGUUCAAUUCCAAGUCCACUGCUCUCUCUCUCUCUCUCUCUCUCUCUGAAAAUGUCCGACGGAGCUUUAACGGUCCUCGACGGCACUCACCUGAGAGCCGUCGACCUCUCUCUCCCCGACUCUGACGUCAUCCUGACCGGAGGUCACGUGCUGGACCUCGCCGACUCCAAAGCCUCUUCGUCUCUCUUCGGCCUGUCCUUGCCUCAGGGACUCAAGUCCUCUGCUUUGAAACGCGUCAAUGUCCAAGACGACGACGUUUUCCGUCAAGCCGAGCUCGAUCGCCACCAGGCUCUGAAGCUCGCCGGCGACUACAUCGCCGCGAUCGCCGAUGAGUUGAAAGAUGAUCCGCUUGUCAUAUCUAUCUUGGAUGGAAACACGAUUCGGCUGUUUUUGGAGGAUGAGGAUGACUUUGCAAUGCUAGCGGAGAAUCUGUUCACUGAUCUUGAUGCAGAAGAUGUAGGAAAGAUCAACAAGAGCGCGAUCCGGAGUGCGCUGGUUCAGAUGGGAGUUGAGAUGGGUGUCCCUCCCGCUUCAGAAUUUCCUCCACUAAGUGAUAUCUUGACGAAACAUGAAGCUAAUGGGGAAGAAGAACUAGGCCAAGCACAAUUUGCUGAAUUACUCCAGCCUAUCCUACAAGAACUUGCAGAGGCCCUGGCAAAAAAGAAUGUUGUUCUUAUACAGAACAUCAAGAUUGUGAAUGGUUCUAAGCUGAGAAAGCUUUUAGCCGAUGAGAAGCAAUUGAACAAUGUCGUAGAGAAGAUAUUGCAAGGGAAGAAGGAUGACUUGAGGAGUGCAGAAGUAAUCAGGAGUUAUCUUGAGAAAAAUGGGCUAGAGUUGGGGUUGCCACCAUCUGAAGGUGACGAGGCAGUGGCUAUUUUAUAUGAUCUAGUGUUUGCUGAGCUUAAGGAAGACAAGAGUGCUCUGAAAGAAGGCGAAGAUAAAUUUGAAAAUCUUGUGAAGAAGAUCCUUGAGAAACUUGCGGAGCAGCUAGAAGCUAAUCCUGUAUUUCAUGAUACUGAGCACUGAGAAAAAGAGCCAAGUCUACACCAUCCUGUAUAUCAAAGUCUCAAUGGCAGAGAUUCUUGUUGGGUUUCAGAUUAUUAUUCACAUGUUUUCCUGAUCCAUACACAGCCAAAUACGAAGAAAAUUAUAAUGUAAAACCUCUGUUCUAUGUAAUAUGUUCUCGAAUUAUUGCUUUGAUAACAUUGGUUAUAACUUGAUGUUCGGUACUUGGAGUCAUUUGGAGUCGAAACAGGAACAAACAAGCUUUCCGAUGCA